AUGCUGGCAGAUUAUAAAGCUGUAAAAGAAAAUCACAUGCCAGUAGAUAGAGCAGCCUUGGCUUUUGGUGUUCCAAAACAAACAUUAAGGGACAGGGUUCUGAACAAAGUGAAAAUAGGAGCAAAGAGGGGAAAGGAUUCCUUGUUCACAUUGGGCGAAGAGGAGCUGCUGGUAAACCAUAUUGAAACCCUGACACAGGUGGGCUAUGGUCUGAAUCGAGCACAAUUGAAUGUUCUUGCCGGUGAACUUGCUGUAAAGCUUGGUAGGCGCAAUUCAAAUGCCAAGCUGAGUAAUGGCUGGUACUAUAACUUCUUGAAAAGAUGGAAUCAUAGACUUAAGGUAAUAAAACCAAGGGCCCUAACAUCAACUCGGGCAGCAGGAGUGACGCAAGAACACAUUGACAAUUACUAUUGUGAACUGAAUGCUGUUCUUGAAAAGACUAAUCUCAAGUCGAAACCACAUCUGAUCUACAAUCUUGAUGAGACUGGAAUACAACCUGAACACAGGCCAUCAAAAGUCAUCACUGGUGUUUCGUCGAGUAAAACGCAAGCAGAAACCUCACCAAACACAGGCACCACUACCAUAGUAGCCUGUGUAAAUGCAGCAGGUACUGCUAUACCACCCUACUAUGUCUUCAAAGGGAAACGGAUAAACGACAAGUUUAUGAAUAAUGCAGCAGCUGGUGCAGCCUACACCAUGUCAGACUCUGGGUGGGUGAAUGGUGAAGUUCUCAUGAAGUACUUCAAUGAACACUUCUUGAAAUUCGUACAAAGGGGAUCUGGUGACAACAUUGGACCCAUCUUGUUGAAUUAUGAUGGGCAUUCAUCACAUGAGUCUCUCGACAUUGUAAAGUGGGCCAGACAGCAUCAUGUGGUCCUUUUUGUUCUUCCACCACACAGUUCGCAUGCCCUCCAACCAUUGGACAUAGCAUGCUUCGGUUAA